GAUUUAAUUGAAAUUGAAGAUUCUGACAAAGAAAGAGUAACCAAAAAACCAAAAACCAAAAAAGAUGAUUGCUUAUCAAGAGAAUCGAGACUUUCUUAUGAUGAAUCUACUACUACAGAUAUAUCUAAUUUAAUUUCAGCUCUUCAUGAAUAUCUUGAACUUCUUACAAAUGCUUUGAAUAGUUCAACUGAGA